GUCGGAUAGCACGUCUGUCAGUACCAUCUUGUAUGCAGUGAUUAUGUUUAACUUAACUUUCAUCAUGCUUUAACAAAUUAAAAAACAUCACAAUCAAGUAAAAUAAAACAUUAUUUCAUCUUUAAUGUCCAUUUUCGUAGCUGAAAUCAAGUUUUGCGCUCUGUACGGAACAUCAUUGUUAGCAUGUACGGAACACAGUUUUCCCUAAUCAUCUUUCGUACACAGGCGGAGGAGGUACUUUUUCUCACUUUUCUCAAAAACUAUUGGUCCAAAAGACAUCAAUCAAAGUGUAAAUCAUACAAUAGGCCUUCCCCCAGAGAAUGCGCACACAAACAUGCUUAUUUUGAGCAAGUUACAUCGAGGAGUAGACGAAAGCUUGCGGAAAAGCCCGAAAGUGUACGGAACACAGUUAGUCUACGUUAGCUUACCAGAGUUGUUAAAUAUCACAACAUAAAACGUGGACGUGAAAAAUGUCUCCGAAACUUCUUCUAGCAAAUCUACGCGCGACCGUGAAAUUCUGCAAAAGCGUGAACCUUUUGCAAAGAUCUCGGACACCUUUCAUAUUUGCUCAGCAGAGCUGUGCAAUUCAUGUGGAUAGCCCACCCAGUGUCCCAACCCUGAUCACCAGCUAUGCCCACGGUAUCUCCGCUCAUUCACUGUUAUACAGAACCGUGGAUCAAUGCCUUCAAGCUACAGUGUCCCGUCAUCCUGACCGUGAAGCUCUGGUCUUUGUGCAGGACGGCAUCCGCAAGACAUUUGCAGAGUUUUACCAAGAUGUGGAACAGACCGCUGCAGGUCUCUUAGCUGUUGGGCUGAAAAAGGGGGAUCGUUUAGGGAUUUGGGGACCAAACAUCUAUGAGUGGGUGCUGAUGCAGUUUGCAACGGCUAAGGCCGGCAUUAUUCUGGUAUCAGUGAACCCAGCUUAUCAGUUGCAGGAGGCAGAAUUUGCACUCAGAAAGGUGCAGUGCAAUGCAGUUGUUUGUCCGACUCAAUUUAAAACCCAGAAAUACUGUGAAAUGCUAAGGCAGCUUUGCCCAGAGAUGGAAAAAUCUUCUCCUGGAAGAAUCAAAAGUUCAAAACUACCAGAUCUACACACUGUGAUUGUCACAGAUAGUCAGCAGCCGGGGGCUUUCCAUUUAAAAGAUGUGAUGCAGGCAGCAAACAGCGAACACCAUCAACAGCUACAAGACUUGCAGAAGAAAAUCAUGUGUGAUGAUCCCAUUAACAUUCAGUUUACAUCGGGAACUACAGGAAAGCCCAAAGGAGCCACACUAACCCACCACAACAUAGUCAACAAUUCUUACUUCAUUGGCCUGCGCGUGGGCUAUGACUGGAGGAAAAAUGUGCGAGUGUGUUUGCCGGUCCCCAUGUAUCACUGUUUCGGCUCAGUGGGCGGCGGUAUGACCAUGGCUUUGCAUGGUGUCACAUUGGUUUACCCCUCCAAAGGCUAUGAUGGACGUGCUAACUUGGUGGCGAUAGACAAAGAGAAGUGUACAUUUGUGUAUGGAACUCCUACUAUGUAUAUUGACAUGCUCGGUCAGCGUGACCUGGCCCAGUUUGAUUUGUCAUCAGUCAGGACUGGUAUUGUGGCUGGUUCUCCUUGUCCUCCUGAGGUGUUACGGAAGGUCAUUAAUAACAUGGGCAUUGAGGAAAUGUUGAUUGGCUACGGCACAACUGAAAACAGCCCAGUGACAUUCUGUGGCUUCCCGGUUGACAGCAUGGAGCGGAGGGCAGAGACUGUUGGGUGUAUAAGCCACCACAUUGAGGCUAAAGUAGUGGACCCUACAUCUGGGGACGUUGUACCUCUUGGCGCUCAGGGUGAGCUGAUGAUCAGGGGCUACUGUGUGAUGCUGGAAUACUGGCAGGAUGAGGAGAAAACCAGGGAGUGCAUCACAAAAGACCGCUGGUACAAGACCGGUGACAUUGCGAUUCUUGACAAGUACGGAUACUGCAAAAUUGAAGGACGCAUCAAAGACAUGAUCAUCCGAGGAGGAGAAAACAUCUACCCUGCUGAGAUCGAACAGUUUCUACACACACACCCUAAAGUUCAUGAAGCACAGGUGGUUGGAGUGAAAGACGAACGAAUGGGAGAAGAGGUUUGCGCUUGUAUUAAACUAAAGGCUGACCAGCAAUGUACUGUAGAGGAGAUCAGAGACUUCUGCAAGGGAAAGAUUGCCCAUUACAAGGUGCCACGCUAUGUAACUUUUGUUGAGGGAUAUCCUUUGACUGUCACAGGAAAGAUCCAGAAGAACAAACUACGUGAAAGUACAGAAAAACUGCUUGGACUGUGAAUUUUAAGGCACCUCUGGAAACAGCAAGACACCGACCUAAGGGCAUUGUGAUUUACCCAAAUCCUCAUUUUAUGUUUUUAAUUACAAAUAAAAAUAGUUUUAUAUAUGCAUGAAUAUAUCCUAUGUCUAAGUAAUCUAGUAGCUGCAUUUCUAAAUUUUAAGGUUAAUGUACCUUGUACCUCUUCUAAUUUUUUUUUUAAUGGAUUGUAUUUGAAAUCAUGUUAUUUCCUAAUAAGUCAAAACCAAAGACAAUCAAUGAAACUUUUUAUUUUUGCAAUCAAUGUCAGUUUACAAUCUAAACUUUUUAGGUAUUUCAGUAUGCAAAGUAUGCAUGGUCUGUUAAGUUUUUCAUACACUAAGUGUUAAUUUUUAGGUACUAUGUGAAGAUAAAUGUUGCGUCCUUUAUAUAUUUAUGUUCUUAAAACACCAAAGUCUUCAACUACUAAUACAAUCUUUUUGUCGGCAGUAUAAUAGUAACCCUUAUAACAUCUUUACUGCUUGUGAUCUCAGGUGUCCACUGUCUGUUUCUUUUUUGGCUUUUGAUGUGAACAUUUUUCCAUAGAAAAAAAUGAUGCUGGUAUUGAGACCAUAUGGAAAGAGGUCCUCUUUUAGCAUUCUAAUGUGUCUGCUGGAAAGUAACGGAUACUCUGCUUACACAUAGUUUUGUGAAAAUUAUCCAGGGUGAGGCUUUUAAACCAAAAUGGUCACAGACCCUGUUUUUUUUUACAUUUCAUUGAAUCCAAUCAUGGUGGCAUCCUUCUUCGAAUGAAUACUUCUAAGGAUCAUCACAGGAUACAUUAACUUUCCCUUUGAUUUUCAUAAUAAAAUGUCAUCAUUCCCUCCAGUCCAAAACACCUAAUUUGGAAAUCACAGCAAAUGAAUCUUUUAAAAAGACGAAUUCUUGGCAUACGAUCUGUGGAAUUUUUAUGAAGCAGCUACAACCUGUAUAUGUCUCCCUCGUGUGUCUUUUUGUAGUACGACAACACAGGAAUUUGAGCUUUUCUUGUUCACCAAGCGGCAGUUUCCUGGACUAAAAUGCAUGUUUGAGCUGCCACAAUUUAAAAACAUCUUUGAUUGACACAACUUGUACUGCCAUUGUUUUGUCUCAAGAUGCACACCAGUAAUGUUUUUUUAAGGUUUGUAUGUAAAAACUACUUAAAUGUCUUAAAAUAACUAAGGCCCAGUCCUGGAUUAAUCUAAGCAGUGUCCAGGUAACUUGCCCUGAGUGUUUUAAGAAAUAUAGGUAAUAUAAGGUUUCAAUGAAGACAGUGUUUUUAUAACUCACUUACCAUAUGCAUGUCACACAUUGUGUCUGAAAAUAUUAAAUACCUCUGUAUAUCAA